AUGGAUAAAGGAAGGGUACACUGUACGCUAGUCACUGGAAAAGCAAGAGUGACACCAUUAAAAUCCAUCACGAUACCACGCCUAGAACUCACUGCUGCCACCAUCGCUGUCAGAGUAAAGACGUUUCUGAAUGAAGAACUCAAGCUAGAUGAUGCUGAGCACAUUUUUUUGACUGACAGCAAAGUCGUGCUUGGAUACAUAAAGAACUGUGAAAGACGCUUUCAUGUCUUUGUAGCAAAUCGGAUUCAGCAAAUCACGGACAAUUCAUAUCCAUCACAAUGGAGAUAUGUAGCCACGAAAGAGAAUCCUGCUGAUGAGGUAUCAAGAGGGCUAACUGUACAACAGUUGACAGAAUCAAAGUGGCUACGAGGACCAGACAUGCUAUGGGAGGAUGCGAUCUCUAAAGAGGCAGAAGAGAAGACAAUUGAGGUACUGCCAAAUGAUGCAGAGGAAAAGAAGGCACAGGUACACUCGUUACACUCUGGAACUCCAAGCUUGGAAUUGACCAGACUGAAUUGCUUCUCUACUUGGUUCAAGGCUAAAAGAGCAAUUGCGAAUUGUCUGCUCUUUAUCUCCAGACUGAAACAACGCUGUGAGAACAAGAGGCAUCAACGAACUGGAGAAAAGGACGACAGAGAGACUCCAAAGGUAGGAAUCUCGGUACAAGACAUGCAUCUUGUAGAGAAAGAGGUCCUGAAACAUGUUCAAAAAGAGUCCUUUCCAGAUGAAAUUCAGAUCAUUGAAUCGGUGACGAAGAGACAGGACAUUCCUGAGAGGAUGAAGAGGCGUCACAUAAAGAAAGCCAGUCGCCACUAUGGCUUUGAUCCAUUCCGGGAUGAAGACAGACUAUUGAGAGUAGGAGGGCGACUACAAAGAAGUGACGAGGCUUACGAAAGAAAGCAUCCAGGUAUCCUCCAUCAAGGACACCACGUGACAAAAUUGGUGAUUCUACACUGUCAUGAACAGACCAAGCAUCAAGGGAGAGGCAUGACGCUAAACCAGAUUAGAGAAAGUGGCUACUGGAUACUUCGAAGCAGUAUUCAAGUGGCCAGAUUGAUCAGAAAGUGUGUCAUUUGCAACAGACUGCGCAGUCCAGUUCAAAUACAGCAGAUGUCUGAUCUACCAUGUGACAGAUUAACUCCCGCACCACCUUUCACGUAUAGUGGAGUUGAUUGUUUUGGCCCAUGGAUGAUCAAGGAAAGUAGGAAGGAACUGAAGAAGUGGGGCGUCCUCUUUACGUGCAUGGCCUCGAGGGCAGUACAUAUCGAGAUUGUGAACUCCUUGUCGACUUAUGCCUUCAUACAAGCAUUCCGUCGGUUUACAGCUUUGAGAGGACAAGUACGUCAACUGAGAUGUGACAGAGGGACGAACAUUGUGGGGGCUGACUCAGAGUUCAAGAAAGCAUGGUCUGAGAUGGACCAUGAGAAAGUCAAGGACACCCUAUUGAAAGAAGGAUGUGACUAUGUGAAAUUCGUCUUUAAUGUUCCCUCUGCGAGUCACAUGGGAGGCGUGUGGGAACGUCAGAUUCGUUCCAUACGCAGUGUGCUGGAGGCCUUAAUGUUCCAGUCUGAAAACGAUGGAGGAGAGUGCAACAUCUAUGAUCUAGUAAAUGAUUUCUGGAAUUGCUGGAAAAAGGAGUUUCUUCAGGGCCUGCAGAUUCGACAGAAGUGGACGCGCCCUCAAUGCGAUGCCAUGGUAGAUGAUGUGGUAAUCAUCAAAGACGACAACGCGCUGAGAAACCAAUAG